GGAAGGGUUCUGCCUGGUGGCGAAACUUUGAUGAGGCUUCUUGUCCCCUCACUUUGUUUGUCUCUCAGCACCCCGCUGGGCACCAGGGGUUCAUGUGUUGCGUUGUGCGGCGUUGUUUCGCCUGCAUCCCCUGCUGGGCUGGGCUUUGCGGGGCUGAUGCACGCCGGGCCAGAUGUGGAGGGUCGGAGCCGCCCACCCCUUUCCCAUGGUCCCGCCCCAGCUGCUGCAGCUGCGGGCGCUCGGCAUCGGGAGAAGGAAGCGCUCGGCAUCGGGAGGAGGAAGCGCUCGGCAUCGGGAGGAGGAAGCGCUCGGCAUCGGGAGAAGGAAGCGCUCGGCAUCGGGAGAAGGAAGUGCCCGGCGCUGGCCAGGAGCCUUCUGGGCUCACUUGAUGGUGCUGGCCACGUCCGGCUUCGUCCCCGGUCCCGGGCCUGCCGAGCACACGGCGACGAUGGCGCUGCCGGCCCUCGCCCUGCUGCUGGCAGCGGGGCUCCUGCACACGCAGGCCUCCCCUUCGACACGCUCCUUCCAGCUGGAUUAUGAACACAACUGCUUCCGCAAGGACGGUGCCCCUUUCCGCUACAUCUCGGGCAGCAUCCACUACGCCCGCGUCCCGCGCCCUGCCUGGAGGGACCGCCUGCUCAAGAUGUACAUGAGCGGGCUCAGCACUGUGCAGGUCUACAUCCCCUGGAACUACCAUGAGACACUGCCAGGAGUUUAUGACUUCACUGGGAACCGGGAUGUGGAAGCCUUCCUGGACCUGACAGCUGAGCUGGGACUUCUGGUGAUCCUGCGGCCAGGGCCCUACAUCUGUGCAGAGUGGGAGAUGGGUGGUUUGCCUGCCUGGCUGCUGUGGAAACCAGACAUCGUCCUGCGCACUUCUGACCCUGCCUACCUGGCAGCUGUGGACUCCUGGCUCCAUAUCCUGCUGCCCAAGAUCAAGCCACGCCUGUACCAGCAGGGAGGGAACAUCAUCAGUGUGCAGGUGGAGAAUGAAUAUGGGAGCUACUAUGCCUGUGACUAUGGAUACCUACGGCAUCUGCUGGGCUCCUUUCGGGCACUGCUGGGGAGCGAGGUGCUGCUCUUCACCACCGACAGCACGCGAGCAGAGGAGCUGCGCUGUGGCACGCUGCAGGGGCUCUACGCCACCGUCGACUUUGGGCCAGGAUCCAAUGUGACAGAGGCAUUUGGUGCCCAGAGACAUGUGGAGCCAAAGGGGCCCCUGGUAAACUCUGAGUACUACACAGGUUGGCUGGACUACUGGGGCGAGGCACACGCCAGCACCAGUGCAACAGUGGUGGCCCGGGGGCUGGAGGACAUGCUGCAGCUGGGAGCCAGCAUCAACAUGCAAGUAGUCAGCUGGCAGAGGGCACAGCCACCAGGGGAGUACAUGUUCCAUGGAGGGACGAAUUUUGCCUACUGGAGUGGUGCUGACUACAAGGACCAGUACAAACCAGUGACCACCAGCUAUGACUAUGAUGCCCCCCUCUCGGAGGCAGGAGACCCCACCGAGAAGCUGUUUGCCAUUCGCACGGUCAUCAGCAAGUUCCAGCCCCUGCCACUUGGUCCGAUGCCGCCUGCCACUCCCAAGUAUGCCUAUGGCAGGGUGGCCCUGUGGAAGUAUGCUGACCUCCUGGAUGUCUUGGAUGUGCUGUGCCCCUCUGGGCCCAUCCAGAGUCAGUUCCCUCUCACCUUUGAGGCCGUAAAGCAGGCCCAUGGCUUUGUGGUGUACCACACACAGCUGCCCUGGGAUGUCCCAGACCCAGCCACGCUGGGCGCUCCUCCCCACAGCAUCUGUGACCGUGGCUACGUGAUGCUGCAGAAGGAGUACCAGGGAACACUGGAGCGGGACGGGCAGACAACACUGCAUGUAACGGGCAGGGCAGGGGACACCCUGGACAUACUCCUGGAGAACAUGGGCAGGAUCAGCUUCGGGGCCAACACUAGUGACUUCAAGGGCUUGCUGGCAAACCUCUCAUUGAACUCCAGGCCUCUCAGCAACUGGCUGAUCUAUCCCCUGGCCAUAGACACUGCAGUCCAACAGGGCUGGCCCCAUGCUGCCCUCCCAAAAUCAAGCAGUGGGGGCAGAGUGGGGCCAGCCUUCUACACUGGGACCUUUGAGACAUCUGGCAUUGCCUGGGACACCUUUGUGACAUUCCCAGGUUGGAGCAAGGGGCUGAUGUGGAUAAAUGGCUUCAACUUGGGCCGGUACUGGACCUGUCGUGGGCCCCAGCAGACCCUCUUUGUGCCUGGCUCGGUGCUGCACCAUGGCCACCCCAACAACAUUACAGUGCUGGAGCUAGAAGGGGCACCUCCCACUCCUCUCUUGCUCUUCCUUGACCGACCCCUUUACAACAGGACACUUGGCUGCAGCACCAUGGCCACAGAGUAAACACUGCUGGGCACUGGCCUUGUCUCUCCCUGGGGCUGGGGAGAGGGCAGGGGGCUGAUGAAGCACAGGGGCUAAGGAAAGUGGCACAGGUCCUGGUUCAGACCUUUGGGGACUGUGUUAAUAAGUAAAGGACCCAGGACUGAGCUUU